AUGUCGACAAACAAUACCCAGAUUCUCCCCUCAAUAACCGCAGAGGACUGGAUGAAUCUCAAAUCCAUCAAACACCUUGCUGCCGAGAACAACCUCAAGGGCUUCAACCAAGAUUUUAUUCCCCCUCGGUUCACUGAUCCAAACUAUGUCAUGCCAGAUAAGGGAAAUACCCUUUUUGUGCUGAAUAUUGUGAUGGUAUCGGUUGUAUUUGUGGUUGUGGGGUUAAGGUACUAUGCGAGAGUAUUUAUCGCAGGCGGGCUAGGGGCGGAUGAUGUUGCUAUUGGACUUGCAGUGUUAUCAUUCGUUGGAUCUUGUUCACUUUACUGUUUCUCUGUAAAGACUGGUGGGUUCGGGCGUCACAUAUAUGACCUUGAUUCCGAGACGAUCUGCAAUCUACUCAAGGAAACAUACAUUAUGCCUAUUCUCUACAACAUUGGAGUUUUUUUUAUUAAGCUUUCACUACUCCUCUUCUACCGACGCCUCUUCGGGCCCAACCGGCUACUACAGCGCCUCGUCAUCAUCCUCAUCGUCUUCCAAGUAAUAUAUACCGUCGGCUCUACAGGCGGUCUCAUCUUCAUCUGCUCCCCCGUAUACGCAUGGUGGUAUGUUUCGUUACGUGCAACAAAGUGUCCGGAUUUUAUAAAGACAAUGACGAUCUUUUUGAGUUUGAGGGCGGUCAGUGUAUUCACGGAUGUGUUGGUACUACUUUUACCGAUGAUAAUGCUGUGGGACUUGAAGAUCCCAGUUCGACAGAAGCUUGGGCUGGGGGUGGUAUUUGGCUUGGGCAUUAUGGCGUGCGUGACUGCUGUCCUUCGUUUGGCAUACCUUCCGCGACUCCUAACAACCGUCGAUGUAUCAUGGCACGUAAUUCCCGUCGCGAUCUGUGACGUGCUCGAGCAAUCCCUCGGCAUCAUCACCGCGUCCCUCCCGGCUCUCACCGCCAUAAUCGCCAAAUUCCGCGGAAGUGUGAAGCCCGCUCGAAAGUGCACAGAUACAAACAAUCCCGGCUCGGCCUGCGAGUCAACGACAUCGUUCAUUGAGGGGGCAAAGCCGGAAUCCCUAUUACCGACUCAUGCAAGAACUGGUAGCAUAGGGAACUUCGGACAUAACACCAGUGCUAGGGAAAGAAAUACACCUUCGCCACCGGAAUUCGAUUUUCUGAGUGUGGCGUAUGACCCUGAUAAUGUGAAUAUGGGGUUUGCGGUACGAUCUUGGGUAACAGGACCUGAGAGGAAGAGUGGGGGCUGGUGGAGGAGAGUUAGAGGGGACAGUAGUGAGGAAGACUUAGUGAGGGGCUUGGAUGGGAUUUCGAAAACGACGACUGUGGAGAUGAAGGUGGAUAGAAGGAUUGUAUAA